UCUACACCCUGGUUCGAGGCCUGGCGGCAUGCAUUUAUCUCAGGUCUUGAUACUAGUGAACACGAAUUUCUGACCCGCUUUCUCGCCUGCAUCUUUGUUGUCUCUACGAAGAACGCCGACGUGCUGCAGGCAUUUGACACUCUGGUUCAACAGCACAUUCAAUUAACACAGAACCAACAGUCACGUUCUCCCCGAUGGUUUAGCCAAGGCGUCGCCAAAUUCUAUGUCCUCCUCAAUGACCUGAGUUGCACCAGGCAGAGCGAUGCGGACAUUAUCUACCGAAAGGUAACCGAUACAUACGGCCCAGGCAAUUGUCAUUUGCUAAAUCUUUCUUGCGAUCGGAAAGGGACGGACAUUAUCGACCCUAACAUACCAAACGGAUCGAUUGCUGCUGCAGCAACGGUGCCCCCCGACCCCUGGUUGGCGUAUCUCCUGCCACACGGUUACAGUCCUCCAGCAAAGGCAGUCCUGGGGCAAAAACUUCAGGAAAACCCGAAACUGCAGCAGCAACAACCUCUAGUUUCUUCAACCCCCUCGGAUCCUCUGGUCCAACUUGCACCACCGCCCCCACCGCUACCAGCGGUUGAAGGCAGACCUCUCAGUUCCAUUAAAAGUGAGGGUGCCUUUGUCCACUUCUAUCUAUCUAGUUGA